CGACAAACACACUUUUAUAAAUUCAUGCCUGAAAGCAAGGGUGUGUUGUUUUUUUCUCCCUUGCAGCCCUCCCGCUUCUGCACUGCUGCACUGCAGCCAGCCGGCGCUUCUGCUGCACCGUGUUAUCAUGGGAUGCGGCUCGGAUUCCUGUGCACCGCAUCCCACGCCACACAGGAAUGCGAUCUACAAGGGUCCAGCCGAGCAUCCCAAUCUUCCUCCUGUCUUUGCCUCACCGCCGAUGCAAAGGAUAGACAGGAAUAUCAAGAUGUCUUCCCCGUUCGCUGCAGCUACCGCCGUGCCUGCAGCACACCGCAUGGCAGAGCUUCUGGCAAGGCGGCACCGUUGGACAGAGGGAUGCACGCGCUAAUGCAUGCUUCUUCCCUCUCGACACCACUCACAGCUCGUCAUCGCGUCUGUUGUCGCGUGGUGGGAGACCAAUCGGAUGCCGGCUGUCAUGUUAACACGCGAUCGAAGACGCACACCCGUCCGCCAUGCAGCCUUGGUCUUUGUGUGAGGUGGCACCAGUUACACAGCAUGCGGCGAACCAUCCCCGACCCUUAUGUUUUGCCAUCAGAAGAUGAGGUCAUGGUCCCUCAUCGGUUUGAUCCCGGCGUUGCUUUGCUCAUUAUCUAUGCGCGAGAAGGCCUUCCGUGUUUCCAACCCUUUGGCAGCGUAGCCUUGCGAUCAGCCAAGGAUGAUGCGCAACAAAAGCUCCAGGAAACUUAAGUCGAGCUUCAAUGUUUUGGUGUAGCAAACCACGCGACCGGAGAUCCUCGCGCGCGUACAAAAGGUGGUCAUGCGGAUAGUUCCCAGUUAGGCCAUACCC